AUGGCAGAUGUCUAUCAAUGGCGCCGAAGGAUUCAGCCUGGCUAUCCACAUGCACUUAUGCCUGUAGGAGAGCAAGAUGAGACAGAGCCAGUAAUCACUCGCGGCUUUGGCUCAUCUCGAAAGAAGGCGCGACCCAAAAUCAGCUCCUACUUCUCCCACCGCACUUCCUCGGCCAACCAUGGCAGAUCUUCGACAUGGUCUGCCGACCAGCGCACCUCCUUCAAAGAAACAAUCUCCUCUCCUCAUGAGACCUGGCCAGAAGGAUGUGAGCCAGACCCGGACCAGAUGAUGGACUCGAUGAUGCGCACCUUGAUGGCAGAACCUUACCGCCCCUUGGACGUCAAGCACAACUCACCACUUCUCAUGAUAUUCGAAGGAUUCCGCAAUCUUCGCGACGAGAACGCCUCUCUGAUGCGCAAGCUGAAAUACGAAGUCGAAACUCGAUUCGCAUCUCAUCAUGAGACAGAGCGAGAACGACAGAAAUGGCAACAAGAAAGAGAGGAAUACAAAGCCGAGGUCAAGAGGCUCGAACUCAUCAUCGCAAAAGACAAGGAAGGUGUGGCCGGAGUCUUUCGUGCAAGACAAGGCAGUAUACUGCGAAACGAGCAUAGACGACGUACUGCAUCUGGCGCCAACACGAGCAAAAAUGACCCUAGGGAAACAGUUUUUGAAUUCCUCGAACGAACGAGAGUUGAAGAUGAUGCCAGGGCUGAAGCUGCCAGAAAGGCUCAACGAGUACCCCUCCGAAAUCGUCCUGUAUCUCCAUCGCAGAAGAUGGCGGUACUAUCGCACAAGUUCUCUACCACCAGUCACUACAGCGACCUUCCAUUCGACUCGCCUCCCAGUCCGCAGGACUUCACCAGCCUCUCUCAGGCCUCAAUGUUCGAACUGCUGGCCGGCAGACCUUCUUUUUCCGACACCGACUCAUCCGGGAACGAUUCCGCUCAGCAGCACGCAGGCAUGGCUGGCGAUGAAGAUACAACAGCUACUUCAAACAUCGACGAAUCUUUGCUCAGGCAAACCAUUGAGGUUGCAUGUGAGGAUCAACCCAUUCACUACCCUGAUUUCCGCACACCGUCGUUCGAGGCAGGCAACAACGAACGGAUCACGUCUCGGACCUCAAAGACUCGUCCUGAGUCUCUUUAUCUGGAUCAUGCACGAAGGUUCUCCUUUGAGUAUGACAACGACCUGCGCUCUUCGCAAGAGAGAGCACAACAACCUGCAAGAUCAAUUCUCCAUAGAAGUGUCUCCGUAGACAACUUUGCUCCGCCGCUCUCCUCAUCCCCGCUCAAGGCAUCAGGCAUCCGCGCUGCAGACAGCGCUGUGUCGUCGCCAGUCACAACACCCCUGAUAGAGUCGCCUGGCCUGUCAAAGAUACCAAGUCCCGUAUUCGACGCAUCGCUCGCAAGGCCAAGGAGAGAGGAUUCAUCGUCAAGCUUCCUCACUGCCAUUAGAGCCUCGGAUGGUGACACAAACCAUAGCAGAGGAACAUCAAGAUCCAGCAAUCUCUUGGAAAGCCCUCGCCUAUCGUCAAGAGACAGCGUGAGAAGCAUCGGUGAUUUGGUCAAUGGCCAACGCCAUUCUGGACGCUACGGUAGCAUGCACGAUGUCAACAACAUUGCAGUCGUUGCCGCUCGUGCUGCUGCUCCUUCGAACUCGCCAAAACCAUCAGCAGAAUUACAUGGAUCGUAUCGCGCCAACGCAUGAGGCAAGAGCGCACAACCCUGGCAUCACCAAUUCUAGAUCACCAACCGCUAUAAUUGAGCAUGACGAAAGGCUGCCAUUGAUAACCCCAUGGGUCAUGGGUCAUGUGGAAGAUAGGAAUGGCGGGGGAUAUGCAGUGGAAGAAUUACUAGGUGUGGCUGUGCAUGCUUCCGUCAAUCAUCAGCGUGGCUUUCUCUCCGUCGUCUACAGUGAUAGCCAAUAGAACAUGCAAUACACACUUCUCUCGCCCUGCCCAGGUACCAGUAACUGUACCGUAGCGUGUGUACAUAUGAUAGUGUCCAUUGAUCUUACUGGGUGUCUCAAGAUGCUGUCCGUCAAGGG